GCCCCUCGCCGGCGGCGGGUCAUGUGACUGGCCAAGAUGGCGGCGCUCAGGGCGGCGGUGCCGGUGCUGGCGCUGCUCGGGCUGGGCCUGGGCCCCGCGGCCGCCGCCGCGCCCCUGGUGAUCUGGCACGGCAUGGGAGACAGCUGCUGCAAUCCGGUGAGCAUGGGCUACAUCCAGAAACUGGUGGAGAAGAAAAUCCCGGGGAUCUUCGUCCUGUCGCUCAAGAUCGGCAGCAGCCUGCUCCAGGACAUGGAGAACAGCUUCUUCAUGAAUGCCAACGAGCAGGUGAGCCAGGUGUGCAGGCAGCUGGCCACGGAGCCCCGGCUGCGGGGAGGCUACAACGCCAUGGGCUUCUCCCAGGGAGCCCAGUUCCUGAGGGCUGUGGCCCAGAGGUGCCCUGCUCCUGCCAUGCUCAGCCUCAUCUCCAUCGGGGGACAGCACCAAGGGGUGUAUGGCUUCCCACGCUGCCCUGGGGAGAGCUCCCACCUCUGCGACUGGAUCCGCAGGACGCUGGACCUGGGAGCCUACAGCAAGGCAGUGCAGGAGCACUUGGUGCAGGCAGAGUACUGGCACGACCCGCUCAAGGAGGAGGAGUACAGGAAAAGCAGCAUUUUCCUGGCUGACAUCAACCAGGAGAGGGGCAUCAACGAGACCUACAAGAAAAACCUGAUGGCUCUGAAGAAGUUUGUGAUGGUGAAAUUCCUCAACGAUACCAUGGUGGACCCUCCAAUCUCUGAGUGGUUUGGGUUUUACAAAAGUGGCCAAGCCAAGGAGACCAUCCCACUGCAGGAGACGUCGCUGUACAAAGAGGAUCGCCUGGGGCUGCAGGAGAUGGACAAAGCAGGGAAGUUGGUGUUCCUGGGGGUGCAGGGGGACCACCUGCACUUCUCCGAGGAGUGGUUUGACAGCUCCAUCCUCCCCUUCCUCCACUGAAGCUCCCUGGGCAGGGUUUUCCACUGGAACUAACUCCAGGCACUGUGCACAGCCCUCGGUGCAGCCAGGGCUUUGGGGAGGGGUUCAGCUCAGGGGGGCUCAGCUCAGGGGGGUGUUCCAGGCUGGAACUGCACUCCCAGCUGGGCUGAGCCCUGCCCUGGCUCUGCCCCAGGGCCUGGGGGAUGCCCCCAGCUCUCAGAGCUCCUGCAGGGCACUGUUCUGGCAGUGUUAACCCAGCUCACUGCAGGGAUCAGCACUCAUGGCUGCCUGCAGGGCACUCAUGUUACAGCCCACACUUCAGGAUGGGGGAAAGGCAAAUUUAGGGGUUUCUGGGGAAAAAAAAAAUUACAAAAAGAGGGUUUGGAAUUCAGCAGUAUUAACAGCUUGAACAGUUUUCAACUAAUGGCUUGGUUUAUGUUCUUUUGUACAACUGAAAUCAAUAAAGAACUUGCCACUAACCAACUAAAUAAAA